AGGUUAACUUUAACAGGUCGUAAUGAUGGAUAACCUAGCGAAAACCCUGUCUUACAUAAACUAUUGAUGGCACUCGAAAACGUGACAUAAACAUAUAUAAGAAUAUAGAGUUUGUCUGAGAAGAGAAUAUUUUGUCGAAGAAACCCGGUUUUGUAAGGACUCACCAUGUUGGCGAUAUUACUCGUGUGCUCGUUGGCGGCUGUUAAUGCUAUCAACACUCAGGAUAUCCGGAGGUACAUGGAUGUCAGCUUCGCACACUACGACCACAGUCCCCUGGAUGGGCUGGUCGAAGAGAACGAGUGGGACGCGACUAUCUACAGGGAGGACCUCAACAACGACACUUGCGUGACGCUACAAGAGUACCUGGCCGUUCACACUUGCCCACAGGCCGCUGCUCUAUACCAUCACUACGACCACAACAGCGACUCGUGCCUCAAAGUGGCCGAUAUGUCCCAAGAGUUCCACCUCAUCGAUCAUAGCGGUGACAACGUUGUAUCGCUGCACGAGUGGGAGCUGUACUUCCAACAUUUGACCCAGAAACUUUUCGGACAUCUUAUCCAUGGUCCCGGGAGCGGAAGAUAAGCGAAUGGUCGUGUUCAUCAUCUUUGUACAUUGCAUUUAUAAUGAAUACAUUUGUUAUUUAUUUCAAAUAAACUUGUUAUAUGCAGUCA